UUUCGCAGUCUUUCUCACACGCGCUUGUCUCUUUGUGUUUUUCUUUCCAACCGUACUUUCCGAGUCCAGAAUCAGCAGUUUUUUUUAACCAGAGGCCGGCAGUUCUCGACGAGCGCAUCUGAGCGUGGUCACUUGCGUGCAAGGUGUGCAGCUGGCGAAGGUGCCGAAGAGCAAGUUCCCUAUUUCCAGGGCCCUAAGGUACUCUUGAAGAGGAGCGACAGUCGCCGCACGACUUGCUUGCGCAGGAGAGAAGGAGAAAGAAGAGACGGAGGGCAGACAGCAAGUAUCAUACGGGUAUGAGUCCGUCACAGGAAAAAAACUGGCCCCCCCUGUUCCCAGUCCUGGAACGGUUCGUUCCAGAGCAUGAAAGGCGCCUCUCGCUACGCGUGUUCGCGGCUGCGGAGAGGCUCCGAGGGUUGGAGUCCGACAGGAAGCGACAGAAGAGAGAAAGGAGGCGCGACAUUUGAACGGCGGCCGUUUGCGUGCUUAGAAACCUGUGGAAAAAGACUUCGGCGAAACCACGAUUCGAAAAAGAGAAGAUUUCCGUCCAGGACGUGCAGCGCAUCAGCGGUGAUUCUCAACAGGUCGUCGGGAUUUAUCGGUUCCUUUUCCGGGAACACAUCAGUUUCCAUGGCAGAAUCACCUCUCCACUCGAGUACUCACCUUGGCAGGUACCGUCAUACGACGUCUUUCUUCUCCCGCGUCCGUCCAAUGGAUCAUUCGUCUGCUUCGCCUUGCCGCGUGCUGGCGUCCUCUUUGCUCCUCUUGACUUCUCGCCUCACCUCCGAGUGGACUGGUUCUCUCUGCUGCUGCCGGUUGCUGUCUUGCGGCUCCCUCGCGAGUCGGUCCUUUGCCUUCUUGUGCCUCGUUCUCUACCUCGCUGACCUUUUUCUGGGCGUCCCCGCCGCGGCGCCUCACGUCUACCCCGGGAUCGCCGCAUCGUCCGCUCCCGACGCCCCUGUCUCGAGUUCUUCGGCGUCUCUUCAGAGGCUUGAAGAGCUGCUUCUGCGCGCCCAGGCUUCGCCGUCCUUUCUCGUCUCUCUCGACGAGGAGGCGUACAACGCCUUGCUCCUCUCGUCCCUCCCCACUGUCUCUGCCGACGGCGGCUGGCGACGCCGACGGGCGGUUCGCGCCGCCGCGCUCUUCAGGCGUCAAAUACCCCACCGCCCCUACCACGUCUUUGUGCUCUACUCUUUGGUUGGGGACUCCGAACGCCACGCUCGAUGCAACGAGUGCAGAGAUGCCCUCGACGCCUUCACGAGAGUCUCUGAGGCAUACUGGUCUGCAGGCGCACCGGUGGCCACGCAGUCACAGAAAAAAAGCGCGAAUUCUGCGUUUCCGCCUCCCUCGGUCGCACCAGUGGUCUUCGCCGUGGUUGACGUAGCGCGUUUGAACCAGACACCUGCGCUGCAUGCCCUGCCAUCCCUUCCGGCUGUGGCGCACAUUCCGCCUUCUCUGUUGCCUGGAGAGGAGGUGACGGAAGAUGAAGAAGAGGAAGACGACUUCAACCCAGAGGACCAGUGGGCGAAGAUGACUGCCAACGCCCCCCUCCCUUUUCCACGAGAUGAAGUCCUGGUGCUGCAGAGAGCCAUCAACGACGCCGGGGUGAAAAAGAAUAUGCUCGAGUGGGUCAAUAUGAAGGCGAAAAGGAAUGUGACAAUCCCGACGACGGUUUGGAUGGACGCGAAGUUUCUGUGCCUGAUUCUUGCGUUUCUAUGUUCUCUUCUGUUCCUCGGCCGGCGGCUUCUUCAGUUGUUGCCGCAGUACCCCUGGCUGUUGUCCGGUGGCGCGUGCUUCGUCUACUGGCUAAGUACGAGUGGCCUGGUUUUCUCCGUUCACAAUCGCGUCCCGCUGUUUGCAGUCCACCCAGAGACGCAGCAGAAGAUUUUUGUUACUCCCAAUUCUCGGGGUCAGUACUUCCUCGAGGGCUUCGUUAUGAGUGCAUGCGUGACUGCCUGCGGGCUUGCUGCUGCUUUUCUUGUCUUUUUGCCUUCUUCGUUUUUCCCGACUCGCCAAGAGCUAGCCGGUGAGGCUGGGACGCCGGACUGCGAGACGGGAAAGAAGGGGAGCGUGCAAGCGCUGGCGCGCCCCCCCCGUCUUUGUCCUAUAGAUGAAGAGGACAGUGGAAACAGAUCCACGAGUUUUGACGUGGAAUUGGAAGCUGGUGAAAGCCAUGGCAGAGGUGACGUGUCCAGUGGCACGCUCAGGGAGGCUAGCUGUUCGGGAGAGCAAAACAGCAGCGGUGUGUGUGGAGCAAGGAAAAGCAAAGACACAAGGAACGGAGGAAAGGCGGUUUCUGAUGGAGAACGACAUGGAACAGAUGAAGCAAUUCUGCACUGGAUAGAUGCAGAACACAGCCUAAAUCGCGACCAGGGGGAAGGCUUGAACUUGUGGGCGACCCGCGUUUGCAUGCUCAUAUGUCUGCUCAUGACAGCCUUUGCAUUUGUUGCGUCUGCAAGUCUUGUGUUCCAGGUGUACCGGCAAAAAGCCCCGUGGUACACAGUCCCGUUCUUUCCUCCACCAGAAUACAAGCGCGGCCCCAUGAGAGCGGAUCGAGGCAACGAACUGUGAGGCUCCGAGACGAAAUAGGGUUGACAUCAAACAAAAUGCUUCGAAGGUUGACACUGAAACGUGUCAUGUUUUCUACCGUGGGAUGGUGCUAUACUCAAUUCCGCUCAAGGGACUGCAGUGGUAAAAUUGUGGGGCAAGGAAAAACCUAGUCACCGGAGAACCGGGAAGGUGAUGCCACAAGUGUGUGGAAUUAUCUCCUGUAGUAAAGAUAUGUUACAAAGCCGCCAUCAAGGAUUUUUUUCGGGUUGUUUCCGUGCCAAACGCAGCCGUCACGCAAUCCGGUGAGACUCGAGACGGAGGAUCAGAAGUCAGCUAUCUAGGCUUGCACACCACAUCACAUGCGAUUGAUUGCUUGCUUGACCCUCAGCAGCCCGGAACAUUCACGAAAAUCGUCAACGUCGGAGCAGCUUUGUUCGACGUAGACGCACUGCACCAGAUUUGCGCUAUCUCCAACGGUGGGAAGACGACAACAUGCUAGUCUACACAUCUCAAGACGUUUUCGUGGACACAACCGGGGCGACUGGCAUGACACUGAAAGGAGUUGCCAACAUUCCCGAGUAAUUCGGUGAACCGAUGAAGUUUGUUCAGAGGACGGUGUCUUUUUUGCUGGCAACUUUCUAUGGCAUCCAGAGUCAGGACUGGGUGGUGGAUUAGUGUGUGUCCGCAUCCGUGUGCGUACCACCCUCCGCUGUUAUUCACGAACAUGUUUCCGAAUCAAAAUGUGCCCCACUUUUCGAACUAGAAACAGUCUUUGUGUUUGCCAUCACCCGUCA